AUGUCGUUUAUCACACUUAAAUACCGUUCUUCUCGGAGGGGCAAGGCUAACGCGGCACUCAGUUCUUCCAGCGCCUCGACGCCAGCGUCGUCCAGGCCACGUCGCGGGGGUGCAUCGUCUGCACCGUCCAGCUCUUCUGCCACUCUCCAGCGAGGCCUUGGCUCUGCAGACGACCGACGACAGAGCCUCAAGUUGACGGUCAAAGCUGCCCCAAGCAAACUUCGAGAGGUCAUGCGUGCAAACGAAAUUGAGUCACUCCAAGACACUCUGGGUGGCGGGCAGGUCUUGGAAGAACCACGAAGCACCCGCCGAAGUGCACUAGCUUCGAGGGUUGGCCCUCGCGUGGCCCAGAGACCUACAUAUGUGGAGUACGGCGAGAGCGACAUUGAGGACGAUGACGAUGACGACGACGACGAAGAAAACGAGGAAGAAAACGAGGAAGAAAACGAGGAAGAGAAUGAGGAGGAAGAGGAGGACGAAGAGCUCAAUGACUUCGAUCAGCUCGGCGCGGAACCCGAGGGUGGAACCGAAGAUGAGGAUGUCGAUAUGGAAGACUCACCUGCCCCGCCUCCAAAGCGCCACGCUGCGCCCAAACCUCCAAAGAUCACUCUGAAACCACCGGCUAAUCGGGCGGACAGCAAGCAACCGGCAAAGGCCAAACUUGUCGUCACCCCGGCGAAGGUCGGACCGGUCAAGUCAGUCGAGGAUCAGGAAAUGGAAGAUGACCCAGACGACGAUGAGGUCGACAACUCAUCCGAUCUCUCCGACGAGGAAGAUCGAACUACGGGCAAUGUUAAUGAGGAAACCAUGGGCGAAGAAGAGGAGGUCGAGCUAGAAGAUGUGGAUGCCCAAGGCGAAGAGGACGAUCUCGAAGAUGACGAGGAAGAAGACGAUGCCCUGGACGACAGCGACGACGACACUCCGGCUUCGGGCUCUGCCACGCCUGAUCUGACCCGACUGACAAAGAGACAGAGAGGCAGGCCAGAAGACCAAGGCACGCUCAUGGCCCUGGACAUGGCCCCGCAACAGCGAAAGUUCUUCACCGACGAAGAGAAAGCGAUGAAGAAGGACGAACAUGCAAGAAAGCGCAAGGAGUUGACCAAGCGUAAAAUACAGGAAGAAAAGGCUGCUGCCUUGAACCGCUUGCUCAAACCCCAGGUGUCCAAAGCUCGAGGGGCGGCUCCAAAACCCGAGACUCUGGCUGCGGCAGCUGCAGCCGCUGCGGCUGGAUCGCCAUACGACGACGAAGAAGUUUUUGAGAAAGCCAACCCGCUGUACACAAGAUGGGUCAGUACAAAGGAAGGGGUGCGGCUCGGAGCUCCCGAAGAAUGGCUGGGAAAGAGAGUCGGCCGUACAUUCGGACCGCCGUUGUCGUCGAGCGGCAAUGCGCUCGUGCAAGAGGUCGAGUGA